UCGGAUCUCGCGCACCUCCGUCCUCUACUAAGUUCCGAAGAGCUCGACGUAAGAUGCGCUGAGAGGACGCCCAAGAUGGUGGAGACUAGGCAACCUGGACCGAGGCCGCUCCUGGUGAUGCUCGUGCUGCUCGCCGUUGGGAUCGCCGACGCCCAAAAGAGUUUGGAAUUUUAUGACUUGCUACCCGAAGAUCCGAAGCUGUACGAUAAAAUGAGGCCCCCGAAAAAAGACGGACAAGCGACUGUUGUUUACUUUCACGUAACAGUCAUGGGUCUCGAUUCUAUUGAUGAAAACUCAAUGACUUAUGCUGCGGAUAUUUUCUUUGCGCAAACGUGGAAAGAUAAUAGGCUACGACUUCCGGAGAACAUGACAUCCGAAUAUAGAUUAUUAGAGGUGGACUGGCUGAAAAAUAUGUGGAGACCAGACUCAUUUUUCAAAAAUGCCAAAUCUGUAACUUUUCAAACGAUGACGAUACCAAAUCAUUAUUUAUGGCUCUACAAGGAUAAAACCAUCUUAUACAUGGUUAAAUUAACGUUAAAAUUGUCAUGUGCAAUGAAUUUUCUUAUAUAUCCUCAUGAUACACAAGAAUGUAAAUUACAGAUGGAAAGUCUGUCGCACACAACGGAUGAAAUGAUCUUCCAGUGGGACCCGGACGUCCCGCUCGUCGUCGACGAGAACAUCGAGCUGCCCCAGUUACAACUCGUCAAGAACUACACGGCCGACUGCACGCAGGUCUAUUCCACCGGUAACUUUACCUGCCUCGAAGUAAUAUUCGUCCUCAAACGACGCUUAGGUUACUAUCUGUUUCAUACAUACGUACCAACUUGCCUGAUCGUAAUAAUGUCGUGGGUGUCCUUUUGGAUAAAGCCGGAAGCGGCGCCGGCGCGCGUAACUCUGGGCGUGACGUCACUCCUCACACUGUCGACCCAGCAUGCAAAGAGUCAAGCGUCGCUGCCGCCGGUCUCCUAUCUUAAGGCCGUUGACGCCUUCAUGUCCGUCUGCACGGUGUUCGUGUUCAUGGCGCUAAUGGAAUAUUGCCUGGUGAACAUCGUCCUCGUGAUCGGCGAGUCGCGUGAGGUAAUGCCGCCGAAAAACCCGCCACCCCCGCCGCCACCGGCACCGGCGCCUUGUACUACUGGCCCGGAUUCUGCCAAGCUUGACAGGAUUUACGAUAUAGCGAAUAAGGAGAACACGAUGCUGCUGUCGUGCCGCUCGCAGAAGUCGUCGAACGCGGCACCACCGCCCCCACCGCCACCACCACCACCACCACCCUCGGGCCCGAGCAAGACCCAACGCGCGAAGGUCCGCGCCCUCAACAUCGACCGGGUUUCGCGCUUUCUUUUCCCGAUGCUCUUUGCCUGCCUCAAUGUCACCUACUGGAUUCUCUUCUGGAAGUACAUCUAAAUCCAUUCUCGAAGAAUGCUGCGGUGCUUACUGAUUACAUCUAUGUAGAUUUGAACGUAACGAUGCUUGUCAUACGCGCGCGCUCAAUUGAAUUUGUUUUGAGAGGGCUUUUUUCAGAAUCAAUUCAAAAUGGAUUCAAAUUUUCCUAAACUAUAAUAGAGAUCGUAGAUACUGCCCCUCCACUGCGCUCU